AUGGCGGCAGCUUUCUGUGGUGCCCCAACACCCUGGCUUGUCAGAGUCCUCGCUUUUCGGGGCCUUGAGAGAGUGCAGGUCGCAUCUCGGUCCGCGCGCACAAGUCACCCUUUGGUGCGCGGCGACCCCGCUCGGCAUGGUCGCUGUUGCGAGGGCGGGGCCAACCACGCUGCUUCUGUUUCCAGUACUAGUCCACGUUCGCGCCGCGCCGUUUACGCCCAUCGCCAGCGCUGCCAGUCCAGGGAGGCCUGCGAUGUCUCCCAUUGGCCGGGACCACAUCUUGCUGCAGGACCAGAGAGCGUGCAGAAGGCGAAGAUGAAGAUGACGAAGGCGCCGCGGACGCCGCCGGCGAGGGCGCCCGAGCCGAAGGAGAGAGCCAGGAGGUCUGCAGCAGCCCUGCGGGCGACGCCCAGGACCGGACGCGCGCCGCUCGCCGGGCACGACGCCCGCCGGGAGCCCCCAGACGUUGGGGUCAAGCAGGCUUCAGAAGGCGACGGUCGUGCAGAAGGUGGUGCUUGA